AUGGGUCUGCGUAACAAAACAGACAGGAAGACUAUCAUGGAACCCUGGCCCCCACCGACAAAAGUGUGGCAGCGCCUACAUCUAGACUACACCGGUCCGCUAGAUGGGAACUAUUUUCUCAUUCUGGUGGACUCGUACACAAAAUGGCCUGAAGUGAAACGAAUCAAGGAGAUUACCACCACAGCAACCUUGCGAAUCCUACGUGGCAUUUUCGCGAGGUACGGUCAUCCCGAAACACUGGUUACUGACAAUGGGACGCAGCGCACCAGUGACCGCUUCGAAUCGUACUGCGACAAAAAUGGUAUCGUUCAUCUGAAAACAGCGCCUUUUCAUCCGCAAUCAAAUGGAUUAGCUGAGAAGUUUGUUGACACGUUUAAACGUUCGCUUAAGAAAAUCAUCGCAGGAGGGGAAACCCUCGAAGAAGCCAUAGACAGCUUUCUUCUGUGCUACAGAACCACACCCUGUCGCAGCGCACCUGGUGGGAAAUCUCCCGCUGAUCUGAUGUAUGGACGAACUAUCCGUACGUCCUUGGGGCUACUUCACCCGCCUACGCCGUACCACAAGUUGCCGAGUACUGCUCAGGAAAAGAAAUUUGACCGGAAGCACGGAGCGAAAGCUCGGUGUUACAAACAACAAGAUCUCAUCUGGGCUAAGGUCUAUGCAGCAACGAAGUGGACCUGGCAACCUAGUAUAGUGAUCGAGCGCAUCGGUCGGGUGAUGUAUAACAUCUGGCUACCAUCAAAGCAAAAUCUUAUCCGAUCCCACUGCAACCAACUGCGGACUCAUCAGUUAGCUGAGAGUGCUGCAGAAACUGAAACUACACCGAGUAGCGUGCAAGUACCGUUGUCUAUUCUCCUGGACAGUUGGGGACUACGUCCUACACUUGAGCCGGAGGCCGAGGAAACCGACUUGCCGGCCUUUCUCCAAGCAGACCUGCAACCACAGGUUAUCCGGCGACGUCAUCGAACUCCCCUUAGCAAUCAACUGCAGCAACCGAUUCCUAUUCGCCAGUCUUCGAGAUUGCGAAGGCAGCCUGCGAGGUACGAUCCGUAUCACCUGUUCUAA